CCUUGGCCCGCGUAAGCGCCCGGGUCGCAGCCGCUUCUGUAUCACGCGGUAGAACGAUAGGGAACCAGUUCUCUCGAUGCGUAAGAGGGGUUUCGGUCCUAUAAAAAUGUGCUGCGAAACGGUCUUCGGUAUCCAGUCGAGUAGCACUCGUAAGCCAACCCGUACGAAUCUUGCUCGUCAGCGACUUCUCACGCACAUCAUCAUGUUCAAGCUCGCCGCUCUUCUCGCCCUCGUCGCCUGCGCCGUCGCUGCGCCCGCACCAGGCCUGUUGGCGUCCGCGCCCGUCGCUUACUCGGCGCAUCCAGCAUCCCUUGUGCACGCAGCCCCGGUCGCGACCUACGCCGCACACGCCGCACCGAUCGCAGCCCCGAUCGCCUACGCCGCGCACGCCGCCCCGAUCGCCUACGCCGCGCACGCCGCCCCGAUCGCCUACGCCGCGCACACCGCGCACGUCGCCUACGCCGCACCUGCUGUCAGUUACAUCCACUGA